AUGCGCCAGGGAUCAACUAACACAGAACUACGGUUGGAGGGAAACGAACUGCGGAAAAAGGGUGGAACAAAGUUGUCUCUCCUAACCGGCAGAAUCUGGGGUUUUCGCGUGUGUCAACUAUGGGGAGAAAUGGUGAAGAAGGCUGUUUGGUGGCUAACUACUUGCACCGCGUUUCCAAACAGAGUGAUUGACGCAUUCGAUAAUUCAGUCGUGCAUCUUGUGGAGAGUUUUUCAUCGACGUUAUCGAUUCAGCUAAGUCUUAUCCAGCUGCGUCACGUCAAAGAAUUCAAAGCCGCCAAGGAACUUGAACUGCAACAGCAAAAGAAGGCCCAAUCUGAGAAGGCCAGGCAGAAGGCUGCCGUGGUUCUUGGGAAUGCUGGUCCCUUUGCGCUACUAGGUCAUACUGUGGGUGCCAUGCAGCCGAACCAACAAAAUCCCUUCCACCAACUCAUUAGUGGAGGUGUGUUAGGGGCUCGGGUGUUGGCGAUGGCGGGUAAAGAUAAACCUGCUUCAAAAUUGGAGACAGGUUCAACAGACAAAGGAAUAACAACCCCCAUCAACACUACAGUUGACAGCGACAUGCCCAAACAACCGUUGAAAGAAGAUCUCUCUACGCAGCUUAAUUUGAGGGCCACUGGAUCACGAAGCAGCAGUAGGGCGUCUAUGAUUAACACUACCUGCAGUCUUAUGUCACAAGGCGCACCGGUAUAUUUACAGCGGGAGCCAUCACUGGGUCCACUACCUGCCCGACUUAGCAAACUGAGAAGGAAGCUUAUACGUUCAGUUACUGCGGCUGCUGGUGGGACCAAAAGUGCCUCUGCAGGAUCCAUAAUCCACGGGUCAGUUAGUGAGCUUCAUGGCAAUUUGAGUGCUCCAGGGCUGACACGACAUGCCACAGAAGAGUACGAUGAAUGCGAACGUGGGGAGUUGGCACAAUUUCAGGCACCUGGUGACUGGUUAGAGAAGGGUGCGCAUAGCGAGAGUGCAGUAUCCACUCAAGACCAAUCUGUGACAACAGUGUUUGAUGGACCUCGUGGACGUCGCACACCGUCCCAAGAUGGGGACAUCUUGGUUCAACCGACUAUUUCGACAAACGACACUACCAGUGGGACUACAUUAGAAGAGAGUGCGUCCGUGCGCUCUAGACGAUACUUCACGAGCUCGUUCACGGAGCAAGAACCAAUCGUAUCCACAGUUCACACGCAACACAAGAUGAUGACAAACCGUGCAGUCAGUACCGCUUCCAGUACAUGCGCCCGUAAACGUCGUGACAACUUCCGAAAAGGACGCAGUUCUGCUUUCACCUGGGUUGUUAAUGACACAAUCGGAGAGACUGGUGAGUAUCCACAGGAAGAGGAAACUCCUUUGCUAUCAACGAUCGUACCCAGUGAAUCCAAAUCAGUAGAGCUACAGGAAAACACACUGAAACAGAUCCCGCCGAAUGUUACUUCCAAAUCCGUGGAAUUUGUGUGUACAGAUCGAGAAAACCGUUUUAUUGAAAACAGGUCAUUCAGACCGGCCUUGUCACAUGUCUAUGUGAAUGAGCAGUGUACAAAGGAAGUCAAGGAUAUCCUGAAACCGCCGGAUAUCCCAGUAUUAAAAGUCGAUGACAUCAGCCGCGACCAAGACUCAAGCGAAGAAGGUACCUCAUUCCAAAGACGCAUCUACUGGUUUAAAACAUUGGUGGCAAUUUUGCUCAUUAACAGAAACUACCUAAAGGAAACUGCUCACAAGGUUGCUAAAAACUCUUCGACGGCCCACGGGCGGUUUCGCCCUUCUUGGGGCACAGUACAUAGGCGCAGUCUCCGAGUUUCCGUCAACCUUAUGUUCUACUUGAAUCCAAAUUGCACUGUUUUCGAGAAAUACACUCAUUUGCAAAUCCCUUUGGUUUUUACGAGAGACUCUACUGAAUCUCUCGUUUAUGAUAUUCUACGAUUGAAUGUGCUGCACACAGGCCGCCUCAUGAUUCGAUUGGCAUAA